AUGACGAAAUCGUCGAGACGAAGAGCAGGAACACCAGAACCGGAUGAUAAAAUAACGUAUACGGAUGAUAGUGAAAAAGAUGUCAGUGAUGGUGAUAAUUUAUCAAAAUCAAAAGAAAGUUUAAUGGCGACGAUAAGUGGUGGUGGUGGUGAUAAACAAAGUACGGGAAUAAAAAGAUUUAUAUCGAGAAGGAAUCAUAACAUGUCUUACGAAAGGAGUAAAUCGUUGGAAAGAACAACAGCACGAGUACGUUCAGAACCGGAAAGCGAAGAUGAUUUUGAAACGAUAAGAAAAAUGCAUAAGAGAAAAGAAAUGGAAGAUGAAAAAAAAGAAUUGGAUAAAAUGAUGGAAUGUAUAAUAAAAUCUAAUGAAAAAAAAGGUGAACCUAAAAAAUAUGUACCCAAAGACAUGCCACCACUUAUCGAAGGACCCAAAGAUUUGAAAAAAAGAAAAAGACAUAAAAGUUUACCAUCCCAGCAAGAAUUCAACAACAACGAAGAUGAAAAUGUAAAAAAUACUCCCAUAUUGUUAAAACCGAUAUUGGUAAAGAGAAAAAUGUCGACAUCUGACGAAGAAGGUAAAUCCGAAAUUAUUUAUAGAAAAAUGAAUCAAAGGAAAUUGUCGGUUGCUGACACGAAAGCAGACGAUAUUUUAUUGUCGUCUAAUGAUGGCGGCGGCGUUGGCGGUAAAAAUGAUGAAAUCCCGUUAGGAGGAAAAGACGUUGAAAAAAAAUUUGGAUUUUUUAAAAGAUUUUUUAGUAAAAAAAAUGAAGAAAAUGAGAAAAAAAUAAAAGAAAAUUUAUCUGAUGAUGAAACGGAGAAAAAAUGGAUUUUCCCAGAAAUAUUAACACAAUGGAAAAUUCACGUUAAUGAAAAUAGAAAUUAUUAUAAUAAUUUUUUAUUAUUGAAAAAUCGAUGUUUUUCCGAUUUGAUAAUAUUGAUUUUUUUUUGCGGUUUUGGGGGUCUCAUUUUCCGUUUUACCGAGGGUGCAUUCGAAUCGUUUUAUAAAUGCGGUGUUAAAAGAGUCAAAAGAGAUUUCAUUGAUACUUUAUGGAAAUACAGUCAAUACAUGUUGGAAGAUGAUUGGAAAAGUCAAGCGAGAAGAAGAUUGAUGGAAUUUGAAAAUCAAUUACAUUCAGCUCACGAAGCUGGUAUGACAUCAUAUAGUGGUCAAAAAUCUUGGUCUUUUCUUAAUGCUGUUGUUUAUUGUUUGACUGUUGUGACCACCAUAGGUUAUGGUCACAUAUCUCCUUCUACAACGACAGGACGUGCUAUAACAAUUAUUUAUGCUAUUUUUGGUAUUCCAAUGUUUUUAAUUCUUCUUGCUGAUUUUGGUAAACUUUUUACAAGAGGUAUUAAAUUUUUAUGGGCUUUUGUACGAAGACUUUAUUAUACCGGAAGUUGUAGGAGAGUUAGAAAAACGGCACCGGUUCAAGAAAUGAUGAAAGGUGUGCAAAUCGUAUAUGAUUUUGCAAAAACGAGAAAAUUUUCAGGUACUGCUGGAAUGGAGAAAACACCGAAUCAUUUAAGGCCUCCCGAUUUAAAUUUACAAGGAAUUCCAGAAACUCCCGGUACGCCUAAUUGGUCAAAUUAUGAAAUAGACGACGAAUUUAAUUUACCGAUUAGCGUUGCUAUUUCCAUACUUUUAAUUUAUAUAUUUUUGGGUGCAUUUUUAUAUUGGAUGUGGGAAGACUGGAGUUUUUUCGAAUCUUUUUAUUUUGUUUUUAUAUCAAUGUCGACAAUCGGUUUUGGAGAUUUUGUGCCUCAACAUCACUAUUUACAUGAUGCUUUCAAUUGA